AUAGUAACUGUUUGUCCACUUACCAUUAUCUCUCAAAGAUGAUUAGGUUGAGCUGUAUAAUCAUACUGUUCCUGAAUAUGUUCCAAAAGAUGAACUGCAACAGAGUUCCCUGUGAAAUACUGCCUGGUGUUCCUAUUGGGUUUGUAGAGGAUCCAGACAUUCAAGAGAUGAGUGGAUUAGGAGUGAGUCUAAUAAACCUUGGAGUACUCUGGACAAUAAAUGAUCAUGGAGGGAAACCAGAGGUUUACGCUGUCAGUGAGACAGGAGAGUUGGUGUUGACCCUGGAGCUGGAAGAUCAAGUGAAUGUGGAUUGGGAGGAUAUUGCUGUAGCGGUGUUUGAUAACAAGAGUUAUAUUUAUGUGUCGGAUACUGGAAACAAUGAUUUUAAUAGAACAUCUAUAUCAGUUCUGAGAUUUGCUGAACCUCUCGUGGAAAUGAAUAAUAAGAAAAAAAUCUUGAUAAACAAAGACGAUAUUGAUGUAUAUCGUGCAGCUUACCCUGGCUUUAGUCAUGACUGCGAGGCCCUGGCUGUUGAUCCGUCCAACGGAGACAUAUUUCUAUUCACCAAGGACCGAGUUCACGCUAUCUCGGAAGUUUACAAGUUUCCAUUCCCCCAAAGCAGUUCAGAUGUGUUUAUUCUGGAGCAUGUAGUUACUUUACCUAGUUACUGGAUUACAGGUGGAGAUAUAUCACCCUCUGGUAGAAUUCUAGCUCUAACUAAUAAACAAGACGCAUUUGCUUGGGAGCGACCUGCAAAUAUUUCUUGGAGCCAAUUUCUUCAAACUAAUCCUGGAGCCUGCACUUUAGUAUUGGAGGAGGAGGAGCAAAGGGAAUCUAUUGCUGUGACAAAUACCGGAUACUGGACUGUAUCUGAGUGUAAAUCCUGCCCACUCUGGUUCUACUCUAGAGUCUAGAUGUAAACACUCUGGUUCUACUCUAGAGUCUAGAUGUAAACAAACAGAAAACCAUGAAAACUCUAAUGCUAAUGUUGGGAUACAAUCAAUAAACUGCAUUAUUUUUA